AUGUCUCGUCGGUCCAUUUGGCUCGGCCUUGGCGGCCUUUCGGGUGCGUCGGCAGUGGGCGCGGGAGCGUAUGGGUCGCACGGGCUGGUGGCGAAGGUGGAUGACGUGAGCCUCCUCAAGCUGUGGAAGACCGGCAACCACUACCACCUCGCGCACUCGUUCGCCCUCCUCGCCUGCGGCUUCGUGGCCUCGCCCUACAGCCACGUCGCCGGCACCCUCUUCCUCUCCGGGAUCACGCUCUUCUCGGGCACCAUGUACGCCAAGGCGCUGACCGACAACAAGCAGCCGUCGUUCAAGGGCUCGGCGCCGUUGGGCGGUUUUGCGUUGAUGGGCGGCUGGCUUGCUCUGGCCGUGGCCAGGCUGCCCAAGUAG